CGGGCGGCGGGGCGGAUGGCGCUGAGCGUGGUGAUGGAGGCAGCGCGUUGACGUUAGAAUCCUAGAGGACUGACAGCUGACAUUGAGUGAAGCAUGCAUUGGGUUCACGGUUUCCUCCUGUAAUCUUCAUUCCCAUGCUACGGAGCAAGUGAGGGGAAACCCAGGAGCUUUCAGAAGAAGCCUUAUGUUCUCAGCCUGGUCUUACUUGGGAUUUGAAACUUAUCAGCUCCUUUCUCCAGCUGCUGUGGUUCAUGCCGCAGCCAAAGGCUUCCGAGUUGAAGAAGUCCUCCAACAAGCAGACUACCUCUACGAAAGCGGGGAGACGGAGAGACUCUACCAGUUGCUGAUCCAGCACAAGGACAGUGAAGACGCUGAGUUGCUGUGGCGUCUGGCGCGGGCAUCCCGGGACCUAGCUCAGCUUAGCGGAACCUCAGCGGAGGAGAAAAAGGCCCUGGUGUACGAGGCGCUGGAGUACGCGAAGCGGGCGCUGGAGAAGAAUGAAGCGAGCUUUGCGGCCCACAAGUGGUGUGCCAUCUGCAUUAGUGACGUCGGAGAUUACGAAGGCAUCAAGGCUAAAAUCGCAAACGCCUACGUUAUCAAGGAGCAUUUUGAGAAAGCAAUUGAAUUGAACCCUAAAGAUGCGACUUCGAUUCACCUAAUGGGCAUUUGGUGCUACACGUUUGCUGAAAUGCCUUGGUAUCAGAGAAGAAUUGCCAACAUGCUGUUUGCAGCCCCUCCCAGCUCCACCUACGAGGAGGCCUUAGGCUACUUCCAAAAGGCAGAGCAAGUGGAUCCAAACUUCUACAGCAAAAACUUGCUUCUCUUAGGAAAGACAUACUUGAAGCUACAGAACAAAAAGCUCGCUGCGUUCUGGCUGCUGAAGGCCAAGGACUAUCCGACCCGCACCGAGGAGGACAAGCAGAUACAGAGAGAAGCCGCACAGUUGCUCGCAGAGUUCAGUGGCAAGAACUGAGCGUUUCAGAGACGCAGCGCACAACACCUAGGGUGUUGCCCUCCCACCAGCUGUACGCGUGUGAACACGACUGGUCUCGGCUCUCAGUGCCAAUGACGUGACCAUGUGACAACUUAAAUACACAGAUUCUUCACAAAUAA